CACUCGAUUAUUGAGACCUUGAGGCAAAAGGCCGAGGCCGAUAAGAACGACAAGUCUGUGAAGGACCUGGUCAUCCUGCUGUAUGAAACCGCACUGCUGUGCUCUGGCUUCAGCCGGGAAGACCCGCAGACCCACGCGAACAGGAUUUACAGGAUGAUCAAGCUGGGUCUAGGUACUGAUGAGGACGACCCCACCGCUGAUGACACCGCUGCUGCUGUUAAUGAGGAGAUGCCUCCCCUCGAAGGAGAUGACGACACGUCGCGCAUGGAAGAAGUCGACUGAUCUCGG